CGCUAUCGGGCGGACGGGUCGCGUCGAGGGACGUUCUGAAGCGACGCGCUGCGCUUCCUGCGAGGGAAAGUCCAAGCUCGAGACAAAAGGGGGGAGGUGAGUAGGAAACAUCCGGGUCAUUGGCCGCCGCUGCCGCCGCCUGCAUCCGGGACACGCGCCUUUGGCCACUACGCGAGCUCCGGAGCAGGAUGUCUGGGAUCGCGCUGAGCCGCCUGGCGCAGGAGAGGAAGGCCUGGAGGAAGGACCACCCCUUCGGCUUCGUGGCCGUCCCCACCAAGAACCCCGACGGCACCAUGAACCUCAUGAACUGGGAGUGCGCCAUUCCGGGGAAGAAAGGGACGCCUUGGGAAGGAGGCCUCUUUAAGCUGCGGAUGCUCUUCAAGGACGACUAUCCCUCCUCGCCCCCAAAAUGCAAGUUUGAGCCCCCUCUGUUCCACCCCAAUGUCUACCCUUCAGGCACAGUGUGCCUCUCCAUCCUAGAAGAGGACAAGGACUGGAGGCCUGCCAUCACAAUUAAACAGAUCUUGUUAGGAAUCCAAGAACUCCUAAAUGAACCAAAUAUUCAAGACCCAGCUCAAGCAGAGGCUUACACAAUCUACUGCCAAAACAGAGUGGAAUAUGAAAAGAGGGUUCGAGCACAAGCCAAGAAGUUUGCACCAUCAUAAGCUUCUGUCAUCCAGCAUCUUUAAAGGAAGGGAUUAAUUGGCAAGAACUUGUUUACAAAACUUUUGCAAAUCUAAUGUCGCUAUGUACAAUUAAUAGUCACUUAGGGGAGGGGGUUGUCUGUGUGCCAUUUUCCAUAUUCGCCACUUGUAUACAGUUCUAAAUUUGCUGAAUUGCCCCCCGUUUUUUCAUACAGGGUCUCUUCCUUCAGUCUUUUGUAUUUUUGAUUGUUACGUAAAACUUGCUUUUAUUUUAAUAUUGAUGUCAGUAUUUCAACUGCUGUAAAACUAUAAACUUUUAUACUUCUAUAAAUUCACUAGUAUCUCUAGUUUCUUUGCUCUCUGAUGCAGGCAUGCUUUAAACUGUUUAGAAUACUUUGCCUCUACUUGGCUGUAAGAAUAAAACCAACCCUCUGCCCUUUUUUGUCUUCUAUCAGUAAGGAAUUAGGUUGUUGUUGCUUAGAAGCCUCAGAUCCAAAGUCAGCCAGCAUCUUGAUUCUGCAUCACUUCCUUUGUGUUUAUGGCGUUUUGUCUGUGUUGCUGUUUAGAGUAAAUAAACUGUUUCUAUAAA